CGGAUCACAGCUUCUGUCCUCUCAGUCUCAGUGCAGCGGGAACUACCGCUAACAAGAGCAUACAACCACAUUCAUUACAUGAAAUGGAGCUCUUUCAGGAGGGUCUUUUAUCUGUAAAUCUGUGGAUUUUUCCGUUACUCUUAUGGACUUCUGCAAGUGCAUUUAACCUGGACACACAAAACGUCCUCAUGAAGAAUGGUCAUCCGGGCAGCCUCUUUGGAUUCUCUUUGGCCAUGCACCGGCAGCUCCAGCCCACCGAUAAAAGGAUAUUGUUGAUUGGUGCUCCCAUGGCCAGGGCUUUAUCCAAUCAGAGGGCAAACAUCACAGGUGGGCUGUACAGCUGCGACAUCACCACCCAUCCAGAUGACUGUAAACGGGUGGAGUUUGACAAUGAUGUGGACAUUCGUGUGGAGAAUAAAGAGAACCAGUGGAUGGGUGUGACAGUUCAGAGUCAGGGACCUGGAGGCAAGAUUGUGACAUGUGCCCAUCGCUACCAGCGAUUGUUGUUUCCGAACACACUACAAGAGGCACGUGACAUCACUGGACGCUGUUACAUGCUGAGUCAGGACCUGAGCAUUGACAGCCAAUCAGAUGAGGAUGGGGGCAACUGGAAAUUCUGUGAUGGUCGCGCCAGGGGUCAUGAAAGAUUCGGGUCCUGUCAGCAGGGUCUUGCUGCCACCUUUACGAGAGACUACCAUUAUGUCAUCUUUGGAGCACCAGGAGCAUACAACUGGAAAGGUAUAGUGCGUGUGGAGCAGAAGAACAACACUCUGCUGGAAAUGGGCUUGUUUGAUGAUGGUCCAUAUGAGGUCGGGAAUGAAAACCGUCUGGAUCCAAAUCUCGUGCCAGUACCAGCAAACAGUUACUUAGGAUUCUCUCUAGAUUCUGGUCACAGUAUUACAGAGAAAGGAAAGCUCAUCAUAGUAUCAGGAGCGCCGAGAGCCAAUCAUAGUGGAGCUGUGGUGUUUCUGAGGAAGGAAGGUGAAAUGUCCACUGGGCUCACACCUGAACACAUUCUAGAAGGACAAGGACUUGCAUCCUCCUUUGGAUAUGAUGUCGCUGUGGUGGACCUGAAUGGAGACGGUUGGCAGGAUGUUGUGGUUGGUGCACCGCAGUUCUUCCAGAGAGAUGAGGAAGUGGGUGGAGCUGUAUAUGUUUACAUCAAUAAUGCUGGAAGGUGGAAGGAUGUCACACCUACUCGCCUCAAUGGAACUAAAGACUCCAUGUUUGGACUGUCUGUGGAGAACAUUGGAGACAUUAAUCUGGAUUCUUUUGAAGAUAUUGCAGUUGGUGCUCCAUAUGCAGACUCAGGGUUUGGUAGUGUUUACAUCUACCACGGAUCUGCUGACGGCAUCAACACUAAACCAGCUCAGAUACUGGAGGGCAAACAGCACAACAUUAAGAUGUUUGGUUAUUCUCUUGCUGGAAAUAUGGACUUGGAUCAGAACUCGUACCCUGAUCUGGCUGUGGGCUCCCUCUCUGAUAAAGUUUUCAUUUACAGAUCGAAACCUGUCAUUAGCAUCAAGAAAGACAUCAAGGUCACACCAAAAGAAAUUGACUUGAUGAAGAAAACAUGUGGCAACAAUAUUUGCUUGACUGUGGAAGCUUGUUUCUCAUACAGAGCAAACCCUCCCACCUACAACCCCAAAAUCACUAUUUCCUACACAACUGAGGCAGAGUGGUACCGCAGGAAGUUGGGUCUCCUAUCAAGAGUUGUGUUUCUGGAGAAGAGCGUAAUGGAUCAGGACUUCCAGUCAUCUGGCACUCUGGAGCUACGAGGACAGAACAAAAAAGCUUGUUUUAAGACCAAACUCAGACUACAAGAUGGAAUCAGGGAUAAACUGAGAGCAAUUCCUAUCGAAGUGUCUGUGGCCAUUCAGAGUGCUAAGAGAGGCAAACGUCAGAGCUCAUUGCCACAGCUAGUGCCAAUACUGGACUCCACUGUGCCCAACAAGACCAUUACUGAGGUGAACUUCCUGAAGGAGGGUUGUGGCACUGACAACAUCUGUCAGAGUAACUUACACCUGCAGUACAGGUUUUGCUACAGAGAGGCCAACCAGGAUGUGUUCCCUCCUCUUCCUCUGGAGAAUGGAGUUCCAGUGAUUUCUCUGAGUGAUCAGAAAGACAUUGCUCUAGAGGUGACGGUGAGGAACAGGAAUGGAGAUGAUGCUCAUGAAGCUAAAAUGAUGGGACAGUUUGAUGAAUCUCUGUCAUACUCUGGAUUCAGAUCUCUGAGAACUACAGAUAAGCAUGUGAUCUGUGCAGCCAAUCAGAACGGCUCUCUAGCAGAUUGUGAGCUGGGAAACCCAUUUAAACGAGAUUCAGAGGUAACAUUCUAUAUCAUACUGAGCACUGGCAAGAUUUCACUCGACACCAAAGAGGUGGAGAUCGACCUUCAGCUGGAAACAACGAGUUUACAGGAGGGAAUAGGCCAAAUAAAGGCCAAAGCCAAGGUGGUGAUUGAACUUCUACUUUCUGUACAAGGGUUGGCCAAGCCCUCUCAGGUGUAUUUUGGAGGUGAAGUCAGAGGAGAAAGUGCCAUGAAGACAGAGGAGAAUGUUGGCAGCUUGAUUGAAUAUGAAUUUAGAGUAAUUAACUUGGGAAAGCCUCUGAAGUCUUUUGGAACUGCUUUCUUGAACAUCCAGUGGCCUAAAGAGAGUUCUGUGGGGAAAUGGCUGCUGUAUCUCAUGAAGAUUAGCACUAAAGGUCUGCAGUUAGUCACCUGUUCGCCUGAGAGUGAGAUAAACCCUCUCAGACUGAGUGAGGAGUCGACCGUAGCUAGGAGAAAACGAGAGCUGGAGGAGAGAAGAUCAUCUGAAGGGAAUAAAAUAUCCCUCUUCACUGACAAACGCAAACACAAGACUCUGUCAUGCACAGGUGAUGCCAAAUGUGUGGAGAUAAAGUGCCCUCUACAGGGCUUGGACAGCAGUGCAGUCAUCAUUUUGAAGUCACGCCUGUGGAAUUCAACUUUUCUUGAAGAUUUUGCUUCCUACAAUUACCUGGAUAUAAUGGUGAAAGCCUCCAUAAUUCUGGAUGUUUCUGCCAAGAACAUUGUGCUCAAAAAUCCUGGGACACAGGUGAGACUGACCGUGUUCCCAGAGAAGACAGUGACUCAGUUCGGAGGCGUUCCGUGGUGGAUUAUUCUUGUGGCUGUAUUAGCUGGAAUCCUAAUGCUGGCUCUUCUAGUGCUGUUACUGUGGAAGUGUGGAUUUUUCAAACGCUCCAAAUACGACGACAGCGUUCCGAAAUAUCACGCUGUAAGGAUUCGUAAGGAGACGCGUCUCUUGAAAGAAGAAAAGGACAUGUUAGAUCCCCUUGAGAAGAAGCAAUGGAUGACCACAUGGAGUGAGAAUGAGAGUUACUCUUGAAACUGUCUCUGCGUCUGAUGUGGACAAUUUGGCGCCAUCAGGUGUAUCUAGUAGGGAAAAGAUUCAGAUGAAGCUGACAUGAACUUUGUGCAAUGUGUAACCCCAGAGAAAGCAAAAUAUCACAGCCGUUUGACACAGAGAAGCCUUACAGAUCCAAAUGUUUCUGGUAACUAAGGAGUAAUGACUGACAGCUAACUCCUAGAUAUCUUUGGGCCUUUUGUCUGCAGUGUCUCAUCAUUCAAUCCCAACCACUCUAAAGAUUUUUGUAUAUUUUUGGAAGUUGCAUAGGAUGGGUCUUUUUUUUGUAAAUAUUUAUGUAUUUUGCAAUGCAGUUUAUUUAUUUUGUCUUGUAAUUUUGUAUUAUGAUGCCUACAGUGCAUAUACUGGCCAAAGAUUAUUUUUCAUGCCUUUUAGAAACUGUACAUUGAAUGUUGUUGCUCUGUCAGCUGAAGCUCAGCACAAGGAUGGUCAGGUGUGCAGAGGACAGAACAUAAACAAUUGACAAGGAAAUAUGUCACAACUGAAAAAUUAUGUUGAUUAUUAGGGGCAGUUUGACCCAAAUGUAUCAGCUACUGUAUGUCACUGGAGCAAUGGGAUACUAGCUUAUUACUGAAUACUGCACACUUCACACUGUUUGCCUACUAUUUAAAAACAAAAUAGUAAGUAAAACAGUAUGCAUUAUGCAACAAUAUACGUUCCAAAACAGUUUGCAAUGUUGUUGUCACAUGACCUCAUUCCAACAUCUCGGGAAAUAGUUAUUUUACUUUUCUUUUUUUUUUUUGCUUACAUUUUUGUUAAAAUGUCUAAACUUUUAGUAAUUAUAUCAAAUAAUGAAUCAUAAUAGAGAGGUAAAAUUGUGACCGUAAUUACUUCCGGUUAAUUUUAUCCCGGUUCAGCCCAGAGUUCAAUCUUUCGUCAGGGGUUCCCCCUCGACCAUUUGGCCGCUAAAAUACAGGGCAAAAAGAUGACACUACAUCAGAAUUUUUGAAGAUCAUUAACAUGUCAUUUGUAAUCUUUGUAAAUUCCAAACUUCUGUUUAAAAAUCUGCAUGUUUUAACAUUGUUGCCCCCUGUUGGAAGACUACCAUUAAAGGAAUAUUUCACCCCAAAUGUUUAAUUAUGUCAUAAUUUACUCACCCUCAUGCCAUCCUAGAUGUGUCUGACUUUCUUUCUUCUGCUGAACACAAAUAUUUUUAAAAGAAUAUUACAGCUCUGUAGGCCCUCAUAAUGCAAGUGAAUGGUGGCCAGAACUCUGAAGGUCCAAAAAAGCACAUAAAGGCAGUAUAAAAGUAAUUAAUAUGACUCCAGUGGUUAAAUCCAUGUCUUCAAAAGUGAUAUGAUAGGUGUGGGUGAGAAACAGAUCAAUAUUUAAGUAAUUAUUUACUAUAAAUUUACAAAUUCACAUUCUUUUGUUUUUGGAGAUUCACAUGUAUAUCGCCAUGCACCGACUGGGCAGGGAGGAGAAUUUAAAGUAAAAAAAGACUAAUAUAUUGAUCUGUUUCUCUCUCACACUUAUCAUAUCACUUCUGAAGAGUCUUAGGGGUUACUUUAAUUCUACCUCACUGAUCUCUGCCUGCAUCACCUUUGUCUAUUGAUAGACUACACUCUUGAAAUGGAAUACAUAGAAUAUCAAUGAAUUGCCAACAAAACACUUCAUCAGCCAACUAACAAGGACAAUUGCUUCUUUGUGAACUGCAGUUAAUACAGGAUGGAUUUCAAAGACAUUAGUCAUUAAUCUUACAGUUCAUACAAAAUCUUUGUUUAAAAACUGACCCUUAACACUUACUUAGUUUACUCAUUUUAAAGCAUGACUUGCACUGCACAUAAAUAACUACUAUUGGCAUUAAAUUCAUGCUGGUUAGUCAGAGGGGAACUGGCUCCCACAGUCAGUCAGGUUUCUCCCAAAGUUAUUUUUCUCCAUUAACCAACAUCUUGUGGAGUUUUGUGUGCCUUGUCAGAGUCGCCUUUGGCUUGCUCUCUGGGGUUAUAAAUAGGCUACAAUUUUUAUAAACAUUUUUAUAAAAACAAAAUUAACAAUCAUAUUUUAUCAAACUACCCAAUGAUGACUCUAAAACAUUAUAGAUAUUACAGUUUUAUCUUCUGUUAAUACCUGAUCUUCUGUAAAGCUGUUUUGAAAUUGAAACCAUGUGAGUUGUGAAAGGCGCUAUACAAAUAAAAAAUUACUUUACAUUUUGUUCUUUUUGAGCUUCAAAGUUCUGGCCACCAUUCACUUGCAUUAAAUGGACCUAGAGCUGAAAUAUUCGUCUAAAAAUCUUUGUUUGUGUUAUGCAGAAGAAAGUCAUACACAUCAACAAUUAGAGAAUUUAACAUUUUGGGGUGAACUAUUCCUAUAAAAUACUGAGAGAAAGAUUAUUCAAGCACCUCAUUUUUUAUAUUUUUUCCUGGGCCCUAAAGAGAUUUGCUUUUAUAACACAAAUAUAAGAAUGAAAAUAAAUACACAAGUAUGAAACUAGAUUCUGUCUAUGUAUGGAUUAUAGCAUUUUCUUUACCAGUUCUGUAGAUCUGCUGUAGUCUUCAUAACAGACACAUACAGUGGGUACGGAAAGUAUUCAGACCCCCUUAAAUUUUUCACUCUUUGUUAUAUUGCAGCCAUUUGCUCAAAUCAUUUAAGUUCAUUUUUUUUCCUCAUUAUUGUACACACA